ACGGACCACUUAAAGAGGAUAUUAUGGGAUUCGCCCAGGCCCUCUUCGCCUGCGCGCCGCUGCCACCACCACCACCACCACCGCCACCACUGCAUCAAAAGAGUAGCAGUGUUCCCACAUGGCAUUUUUCAAGCUUCACUGCUUCUCCUCGCCACUCCCAAUUCAACAACUUGUACCAAGAACAUGAAGAAUUAGGGUUCAAGAAGCAGAAGAAGAAGAAGAAGAAGGAGAAUCACAAUAGCAUUCUGGAAAGUCAUCGUCCGUACAAGAAUGCUCCAACGCAUACCCAAUAUAAAAGAGAAGAAGUACGAGAUGGAAAAGUUUGCGACGAAUCCCAGUCCCUCGAUUUCGUCUCCCAUUUUAGUACUAGAAGAAGUGGCGACAAGGGCGGAAAGGAGGGAGAGCGCAAACCAACAGGAGAGGACGAGGAGGGAUUGGAUGUGGGAAGGCCUAAGCCAGAAGACGAAGAAGAAGAAGAUAGCGGUGGUCCUGUUGUCUGCAAGGGGAUAGCAAAAGGGACUAGUAGGAGGCAAAUCAUGAAGAGGUCCACUAUGAUCGCCAAGCAAGUUAUCAGCAUUCAAUCCGCCCUCUCCCUGGGUUUUGUUUCCCAGCUCUGCGUCGAUACAAAUGCUUGGGCGGUGUUAUUUGUAGAAGUGAAGCCAAACUUACUUUCCAGUGAGCUAGAAAGGUUUUCCUUGGACGACCUUGCGAAGGUUGGGGAUGUGGUGCUCGUUGAGGAUGAGAGUGUGAUGGAAAAUGACUUCAAAUUAGUUGGACUCGAGACGCUGGUAGGAUAUACUGUUGCAACUCCAGGUCGGCGAAAUAUUGGAAAAGUGCGUGGAUACAAUUUUGACAUUAACUCUGGGGUAGUGGAGUCUCUUGAGAUUGAUUCAUUUGGGAUAUCCAUCAUCCCGUCAAGUUUGGUGAGCACCUAUGCAUUAUUGGUUGAGGAUGUGCUGGAAGUUUUACCAGACACAGUUGUAGUACAUGAAGCUGCAGCAUCACGCAUCCACAGGCUUACUAAGCCGAAGAAGAGGAUUCGGCUCAAAAUGAGUACACCCGUUUUUGCUCAAGUUUUGGGGUUUUGGGGCGGCGGUCAGAAGAUGGGCGGGUCAGUUGAUGAUGAUGAUGAUGAGUUUGAAGAAUGUUGUGGAUACGGGGGAAGCGGGAAGAGAAAGUUGUCCAGGGCCAGGGGGAAGUUCCCUGGAGAAGCGGUGGAGCGGGCUGAUGAAUGGGAGCUUCCCAUGGAUUACUUGUGAUCGAUCAUCCAUCACACACUCAUGCUGAGACUUUCUCCUUCUGUCACCCUACCAGUUACUGCUACAGUCAUAUGCAGGGCAGGGUAUUGCCCACCCACAUACGCCUCCAUAGAUAGGAUUGCACUGGUUGUUGCAGUUUCCCGGUGGUCAUUUUUUUCUUUUCAGUAUUGGCUGAGAUUAAUUGUUAUGUCGUCCAUUUUCUCCAGACUAGCAAUGGAGCAAACCACCACCGACCACCACCGCAGUUAUGCCUUGGUUCUGUAUGUGUGUAAACAUUUUAGGAAAGAGUAUUUUACAAGAACAUAGGGCCUGUUUGGAAGGUGAGUUUUUUGGGAGUUAGUAUAAAACUUUACUGUAGAUCACUGUAGAAGUUGUAGAAAAAACUUUUGUAAAAAUUUGGGUGUUUGUAAGAUGAAAAUUUUUUUCAUUUUCA